UCCCGGCAGCGGCUGCCGCACAAGAAGAAGACGGUGUCCUUCAGCUCCAUGCCCAAUGACCGCAAGAUCAACAGCACGGCCGCCUGCAUCUCCCUCAUGCUGGAGGGCUGUGAGCUGAAGAAGGUGCGCUCCAACUCCCGCAUGUACAGCCGCUUCUUCGUGCUGGACGCCGACAUGCGCUCUGUGCGCUGGGAGCCCUCCAAGAAGGACUCAGAGAAGGCCAAGAUUGAGAUCAAGUCUGUCAAAGAGGUGCGUGUAGGCAAGAAGACACCUGUCCUGCGCAGCAAUGGCCUCUCUGACCAGUUCCCGGAUGAGUGUGCCUUCUCCAUCAUCUAUGGAGACAACUACGAGUCCCUGGACCUGGUGGCCAGUUCGGCCGACGUGGUGAGCGCCUGGGUGAUGGGGCUGCGGUACCUGGUGUCCUAUGGGAAGCACAGCCCUGAGGCACCUGGGACCGGCCACCCCAGCCUCCGGACCUCCUGGAUCUCCUCUGUCUUUGACCUCGCUGACCUGGAUAAGUCUGGUCGCAUCCCUGUGUCCCGGGCUGUGCAGCUGAUCAAAGCACUCAACCCUGGCAUGAAGACCUCCACCAUUGAGCUGAAAUUCAAGGAGCUGCAGAAGGCCAGUGAGCGUCCUGGUGCAGAGGUGGCCUGCGACCUCUUCGUGGAGGCGUACUGUGAGCUCUGCACCCGCCCUGAGAUUUUCUUCCUGCUGGUCCAGUUCUCCAGCAACAAGGAGUACCUGGGUGUGAAGGACCUGCUGAUGUUCCUGGAGGUGGAGCAGGGCAUGGAGGGGGUCACAGAAGAGAAGUGCUUGGAGAUCGUCGGCAAGUAUGAGCCCUCCAAGGAGGGCCGGGAGAAGGGCUACCUGGCCAUCGAUGGCUUCACGCGCUACCUGCUCUCUGCUGACUGCUCCAUCUUCGACCCGCAGCACCGCAAGGUCUGCCAGGACAUGGCACAGCCCCUCUCCCACUACUACAUCAGCUCUGCCCACAGCGCCUGCCUGCUGGAGGACAACUUCUGGGGCCGCUCGGACAUCAGUGGCUACAUCAGUGCCCUGGGCCUGGGCUGCCGCAGCAUCGAACUGGUGCUGUGGGAUGGCCCCGAGGGCGAGCCUGUGGUCUACACCAGCCCCUCAGCUGCCUCCUGCGUGCCCUUCCGUGCCGUGGUGGGGCUGAUCGACCAACACGCCUUCACCGCCUCCGCCUACCCCCUCAUCCUCUGCCUGGUGGUGCGCUGCUCGGCCCCCCAGCAGCGCCUCGCUGCCCAGUGCCUGCGCAAGACACUGGGGGACAAGCUGUAUCUGGAGCCCCCCAACCCAGUGGCGUCCUACCUGCCCUCCCCAGAGCAGCUCAAGGGCCGCAUCCUCAUCAAGGGCAAGAAGCUGCCACCCAGCUGUGAGGACAGCGAGGGGGAGGUGUCGGAUGAGGAGGAAGGCUGGGAGCUGGCACGGCGGCUGGGCCAGGAGGACCGGGAGGCACCGGAGGGAGGUGGCCCGCGGCGGGUGCGCCUCAGCCGGGAGCUCUCAGAGCUGGUGAGCCUCUGCCAGGCUGUCCCCUUCCAGGACUUCGAGAGCUCACGGCGUGGGCAGCGCUACUGGGAGAUGUGCUCCUUCAGCGAGGUGGAAGCAGGACGCUUUGCCAACGAGUGCCCGGCUGAGCUGGUCAGCUACAACAAGCGGUUCCUCUCCCGCGUCUACCCCAGCCCCAUGCGCAUCGACGCCAGCAACAUGAACCCCCAGGACUUCUGGAAGUGUGGCUGCCAGAUGGUGGCCAUGAACUACCAGACACCGGGGCUCAUGAUGGACCUGAACGCGGGCUGGUUCCGGCAGAAUGGGGCCUGUGGCUAUGUCCUCCGCCCAGCCAUCAUGCGGGAGGAGGUCUCCUACUUCAGUGCCAAUGCCAAGGACUCCCUGCCCGGGGUGCCCGCCCAGCUCCUGCACCUCAAGGUCAUCAGUGGGCAGAACCUGCCCAAGCCCAAGGGCUCAGGGGCCAAAGGGGAGGUGGUGGAGCCCUACGUCUGUGCCGAAAUCCAUGGCAUCCCAGCUGACUGUGCUGAGCACCGCACCAAGACAGCCCUGCAGAGCGGGGACAACCCCAUCUUUGAUGAGAGCCUGGAGUUCCAGAUCAACCUGCCCGAGCUGGCCGUCCUGCGCUUUGUCGUGCUGGACGACGACUACAUUGGGGAUGAGUUCAUUGCCCAGUACACCAUUCCCUUUGAGUGCGCCACCGGCAUCAAAGCCAUCGACGAGGUCUUCCGGACGGCCACGCAGCCGCUGCGGGAGGCCACCGACCUGCGGGAGAAUGUGCAGAACGCACUGGUGUCCUUCAAGGAGCUGUGUGGGCUGACACCCGCCGCCAACAUGAAGCAGUGCAUCCUGACAGUGUCCACGUGGCUGCUGCACAGCGACAGCACACCCAGCGUCACACUCAACCUGGCAGAGCAGUACCCCCCCAUGGAGGCCCAGGGCCCCAUCCCUGACCUGCUGCGCAAGGUCCUCACUGCCUACGAGACGAUGAUCCAGACCAGCCGGACGCUGAUCGAGUCUGCUGACGUGGUGUAUGGGAAGCUCAUCCAGGCACAGCAGGCAGGGAUGGAUUUCCACAAGGAGCUGCACCGCAUCGAGACCAAGGAGGGGCUGCGGGGCCGCAAACUGCAGAAGGCGCUGGAGAGUUUUGCCUGGAACAUCACCGUCCUCAAGGGCCAGGCUGACCUCCUCAAGCACGCCAAGGCGGAGGCACUGGACAACCUGUGGCAGAUCCACAACGCAGGACAGUCCUGCGGCAUCGGCAGGAACGGCUCAGCCUCACCAGAGCUCUCCCGGCUGCGUGCCCCACUGGAGCCCAUCCCUGAGACUGACGGAGGCGGCGACACAGCGUCCUGCUGACCCUGGCCUGGGGCUCAGGGGCCCAGACUGAGCAUCCCCAGCCACAGGA